AUGAAGAACGGGGACCACUGCGCGGCGACGCGGCGCUUCCAGCACGCGAUCAAGAGCGACAAGUCGCACGUCGGCGCGCACCGGUGCCUCACGCAGCUACUCAAAGACGGCGAGCGGUCCUACAGCCCGGCGGGCGCCGCGUCGGCGGAGCGGGCGACGAACGACAACCCCCACGACGCCGGCUGCCUCAACACCUACGGCUUAUCGUUGCUCCGCAAGGGCAACCUGGUCGCGGCGGAGGAGGCGUUCCGCGCGGCGACGAAGGAGGACGCGACGCACGCCAAGGCCUACUACAACCUCGGCUGCGCGCUGAAGGACCAGGGCCGCUUCGACGAGGCCGAGGGCGCCUGGCGCCAGGCGCUCAAGGCGAACCCGCAGCUCGGCGACUGCUGGGCGAACAUCGCGUGCUGCUACGUCCAGAAGAAGGACUACGGCCGCGCGAAGGAGUGCGUCAACAAGGAGCUCGCCUUGAACAUGCACCACGUCCGCGCGCGGAACCUCGCGGAGAUGAUCGGCGCCAAGGCCACGGACCACGAGGAGGAGCUCGCCGCGCUGCCGCCCGAGGCGCCCGCGCCGUCGAGCGCCGCGGCCCUCAAGGCCAAGGCCCUCGCGGCCCUCGAGGACGACAGCGACUAG